GAACUUAAAAAAUUUGGAAUUCGUAUUCUAUUGGAUUUUGUGCCCAACCAUUCAAGUGACGAGCAUGAAUGGUUCAAAAAAUCAGUCCAAAAAAUCGAUCCAUAUACUGAAUACUACGUGUGGCAUGACGGAAAAUUAAAUGAAGAUGGACAAAGAGUACCUCCAAAUAAUUGGCGAACUUAUUUCGACGGAAGUGCUUGGGAGUGGUCAGAAGAAAGAGGACAAUAUUAUUUGCAUCAAUUUACAUUUAAACAACCAGAUUUCAAUUACAAAUCUCCUAAACUAUUAGAUGAAAUGAAGGAAGUACUAAAAUUUUGGUUGAAUACCGGCAUCGAUGGAUUCCGCAUGGACGCUUUGCCAUUUAUUAUGGAAGACGACGAAUUUAAAGACGAACCAUUGUUUGAUCCAAAUACCGAAGAUGAUAAUUAUUCAUAUAUUUUGCUAAAUCAUAUAUACUCUAGAGAUCAACCAGGUACAUAUAAGAUUGUUGAAGAAUUUAGAGCGGUCUUGGACGAAUAUACAAACAAGGAUAAACAAACAAAGUAUUAA